AAGGCUCCUGUCUGUUCCUCUGGUGCUGGUAUUUGCCAUUUUGAGAGAAAGGCAAAAAUAAUUAUAUUACUGUUCCUUUUGUAUGAGGCUGAUUAGAUACAGAAAUAUGAAUUGUAAUUCUUAAUGUUUAGUUUCUGAAUAAGGUUAGUUUUCACUUCUCACAAACACAGUUAUUUCUAAUGUCCGAGAAACUGGACGAGUUAUUUCUGACAUCUCUCAUCUUCAUAUAUAUGGUUUACCAUGGUAAUUAAAAUUACUGUUGCAGGGGAGAAUGUUACCAUAAGUGUAUUUUUAAAGAAUAUGCUUUACUUGUGAAUAAAAUAUCAGAAUGUUUAUAUGAUUGGAGGUAACAUGCAGGAUUAAAUAAUCUGUGUUAUAGACAUUUCCUUCAGGAAAAUGUGCAGGUUUUCCAUAUCAUCUAACAUAAUGAGUGAUUAUGAGUAGGAAGUAUUUUAAGCUAAGUAAAGUUAAAUGUAUUCUAAAUUCAGAUGUAUUUGGUCUCUUAGAUAAGRAGUGAGACAAACUUGGAUCAUUAUGUAUUAAUGUAGGCCAAAAUAUCCUCUUUCCUGUUUUAGGGAGCUGUGGGAUUGAAGAGCUUUUCUUUGAAGCAAGUCUACUGCUUCUACAGCCUUCCAUCGUCACGUGCAGUUGAUGAUUUCCCUUGAAGUACUUUCCUGAAGAUACUGACUGCAGGCAAGGUGUAAUUGUUUGUAAAACAUGUUAAAAAUUCAGCAGUGUGUGACAGCCACGAGGAUGCCCAGGAAAAGACCRUAUAUUUGCGACAUCUGCUAUAAACAGUUUGAAACUCCAUCCAAAUUAGCCAGGCAUUAUCUGAUACAUACUGGUCAGAAGCCAUUUGAAUGUCAUGUGUGCCAUAAGGCUUUCAGACAGCUAGUCCACCUGGACAGGCACCAGUUAACCCACAACCUGCCUUUUAAGUGUAUUGUUUGUCAUAGAAACUUCAAAAACUUGAUCACUUUCUUUAAACAUCAGCAGCUUCAUAAUGAAAAUUACCAGAAUGAUAUCAAGCAAGAAGAAUCUGAGGGUUCAAAGCCAGAUAAUGGCUUUUGUGACAUAUUUCAAUGUUCUGUGUGCUGGAAAUCUUUUAUGUCUGAGGAGAGGUGGAUGCUGCAUCAGUGCCCAAAGGCAGAUCAUCUAUUUAGUACCAGAAUGAGAAAGAUAACUCACCCUUGUGAAUCAUGUAACAAGACAUUUCCAUCAAGAUCUAAACUACAAAGACACUUUCUUAUUCACACUGGCCAGAAACCUUUUAAAUGUUCUUCAUGUGGUAAAUCUUUCAGGCAGUCAACACACUUAAAAAUCCACCAGCUCACGCACACAGAAGAACGGCCUUUUCAGUGUUGUUUUUGUCAGAAGAGGUUUAAAAUACAGAGCAAACUCAUCAAGCACAAACUGCUCCAUGCCAGAAAUAAGACUUUCCCCGCUAUUACAUACAAAGCAAAGAAUCCUGAUCGUUCCAGGCCGCAGGUUUUGUUGGAAGGAGAGAGGGAUAAUUUGGAGACUGCUGUGUCCAAAGAGCCCGACCUGCAUUACGCUCACUCYAUAUACAUUGUUCCCUACCAGUGCUCCAUGUGUGAGCAGUGCUUUGAAACGGAACGGGUUCUAAAUUUGCACAAAUGUUUUUAUCCGAGUACCGACAAAAGUUCGAGUAAGCGGCCCGCAGCUUGCAGGCGCAAGGUCGGCGUGAAAAAUAAAAUAACGAUGAAGCUGAAGUGUGCGGGAGAAAAGACAUCAAAUUCUUCUGUGCCUGAGAGAAAAAGAAUUGAACCAAGUCACCUGAAAAGUCGGGAGCUGAUUCCGGCGAGAGAUCAGUGUUGUGAUCAGAAUGCUGCUCCUAAACCUUUCAAGGAUUGCCACAGUAAGCUUGUCAUGCACAAGGUGAUGAGCAGUAAGAAAAGAAGAGUGUUUCCUUUGUCCUUACCUUGGCAAGAACCCCUGGAACCUCCUGAAUUAGGAAUUCAUGCCAAAGACCUGCAUGCGGGGGAAGGAAUGCUCAACAUGGAUGAGGCAGUGUGUAAGGAAGGUAAUGCUUUUUAUGGUUUAUCACAUGAUGGUUUCUUUGAUAAUCCAGAAAUACUUCACUGUGCUUUUUCAACUCCUACUAAAAAUAUAUUUGAGAGACACAAAGUGUGCAAAUGUGACAGAUGUGAAAAAAUCUUUCCUUCCUCCUCCAAGCUUCAAAGGCAUUAUCUUAUACACACGGGACAGAAGCCCUUUGGCUGUAAUGUUUGCGGGAAGACAUUUAGACAGUCAGCUCACUUAAAGCGACAUCAGCUCACCCAUACUGAAAAGAGACCUUGUAAAAGACCCAUUUGCCAGGUGAGAUUUGAAAAUCUGAACCAGCUUUUCAAUCAUCAGGAAGAUCACGCUGAAUUUAAGCCUCCUCAGCCCGUGGGUUAUUCUCCGACACCUUCACAGGCGUCUGGCUUCCAAGAUUUCGAGCUGACUCAGUCAAACCAAGCGGCUGAAAUCAAAGUUGAAAUGGAGUCUGGGGACUGUGUUGGUGCCAGCAGUAGAAACCCACAGCCCUCUUUGCCCGGCGAGCCGCUGGAAGCGGAGCAGAGCUUUUACCGUUGUUACGAUUUUCCCGAAAGCACAGAGAAAAGUAAUGUUAUUAAGAAGAAGUUAUAUCAUUGCAGCCUUUGCUUUAAAACUUUUAAAUCUCCUUCUAAGCUUGAAAGACAUUAUCUGAUGCAUGCUGGACAUAAGCCAUUUGAAUGUUCAGUUUGUGGUAAAACUUUUAGACAGGGCUCACAUUUGAAAAGGCAUCACCUUACUCACCUUAAAAACAGCUGAAAAAAAAGUCAGUUCAGCUGAGUAGGAGAGUAACCAYCAGAGACUUUUUUUUUUUUUAAUCAAAAAUGGAUAGUGUUGCAUUGUUACAUGUGUAAAACUUUGGUUACAUAAUUAGCAAAAGGCUUCUACUGACUGCAAUGCCUUCUCUCUUAUGGUACAGACAUGGCCUGAUAAAAGUUCUUUUACUGGCUUUAAAACCAUCCCUAGAACAGUCCACCUGAUGUAAUUUGUGAUAUAUCUGAAAAUAGAGUAGUAAAAAGUAACAAAAAAGCAUUUUGCAUUUCUUCUACCUUCCUCCAUGUUGCAAACCAAAGCACUUGCUUUGUUUAGCUCGUGCUUGUGGUAGAGUGUAUGUGUACAGAAGUACUAAGGUUUCUGAUCAAUUCAUUCCUUUCACCACUUCAUUAUUUCUACUUCCUAAUAUAGUUGCUGCCUCUUCUAGAUUUUUGGGCAGUUCACAAAAUACUGACGCAUUUUGCUGCAAGAGGACAAGAAAUAAGCAUUAGCAUCAUUGCACACACUGUCUGUUUACGGAGCACUGAUCGGCUUUCCUUCUAGUGCACAUUGUGCAUCAGUUACUGAAACAUUCUAAGAUGUGAUAACUGUGACACACAGUUUUGUCAGGAAGUCAUGUUCUCAUUACAUUAAAUGUAAGAAACUAAAAUGACAUUUAGGUCAUAUUAGUUCCAGUUUGUAUUAAGAGAAGCUGUAGGUAUGUUUACUUUCUGGUAAGUGGGGAGCCUUUCCUAUUGUGCCUGUGGGAGUGGCAACAGCARUAAAUUCAGUGGAACUUUAUUCGUUUUUAGUAAGAAGUUUGAUUCUUGUCCUGUUUAAAAAAAACCCACCUUUGAGUAUGUUUUACACUGUUGGCAACUUCUGAGGUAUUGAAACAGAAGUUUUCAAUUCUAUGCCUAAAUUAACAUAACUAUAAGAAAGAUGGCAUUGUUUUCACUAUUUAAAUAGGUCCSUAUUUAUUUAAGGAAACUGUUUUUGACAUUUUAACUUUUUGAAGUGAUUUACCCUUUUCUGUGUGUGUGACAUAAGCUCUGUAGUAUUCAGUAUAAAUGAAAUGACAGUUGAAGGGAUUUCUUAAAUUUUAUUUUCAUACCUGUGAUUCUUUCCCAUCUUCAGAGAGAUUAAAAACAGGAAAGAUGCUUGGAAAGAGUCUGUAGUUACUGUGAUCUUGGUAUGACAGGCUAAYUCAGUAUCUAAGAUUGACUGUAGCUCAUACACUGACAUUUUUUUAUCUCCCUACGUGAAUUGUUUCAUAUUGAAAGAGCAAUGUAUAAAAUGUUUUGAAGGUGUACUGUAGAGCUCUUCUAACAUACUUGUAAUAAACUAUUUUAUUUAUAUUGUACUUUUAUUGUACAUUUAAUGUGCAAAGUAGAGUUUUGAAACGGCAUAGCAUUCAAUGUGCAGAAGAGUUGAAGACUAGCUGUCAAAAUAACUAACAAACAC